UGUGCCAGCGUUCGAUCCGAGAUCUAGUAUAACAUGUGAUUGUGUGAGCACUUAACACAAGUUGACGACAGAGGACGACCUACAACAUCAAACGAUCAAUAAUCAACAGCUAUAAAACGAAGUACAGUGGAGUCUAGAUAACGUGUAAAGUUGUAUUAUUCUUUUAGUUUGGGACGAUAUAUUGGUGGCAUGAUUUAGGUUCUCGAGUCAAUGUAGGCUACGUAUGUAUUUCUCAUGUAAUUUCUGCACGCUGGGUGUUUAACAAAUGGCAAACGAUCUGAAAAGCGACCGGAACAAGGGCACAUCAAAGGAAAAGCUCGUACCGAAUGGCUCGAAUGUUAUCUCUCCGCAGUAUGGGAGUACUUUUGGGGACCCUAGUAUCCCAAACAAUGAGCCAGGAAUGCAGCAUCACCGGGCAAACUCGGUCAGUGGCUCGACGUUAUCAUUCCACAACAUCAACUACGUCGUCAAGACCAAAGUGGACGGGAAGAAAAUUGACAAAGUCAUCUUAAAUGAAGUCACUGGGAUAUUUGGACCUGGAAUGAACGCUAUCCUUGGUCCAACAGGCAGCGGAAAAACUUCACUUCUGGAUGUAUUGGCUGCAAGAAAAGAUCCACAUGGUCUGUCAGGGACCGUGCUUAUCGAUGGCCAAGCUCAACCUGAAAACUUCAAACUCGUCUCUGGCUACGUAGUUCAGGAUGAUGUUGUCAUGGGAACCCUCACUGUGAGAGAAAAUUUGGAGUUCUCCGCAAAUCUGAGGCUAGAUAAGACCGUCACGAAAGAGGAACGGAAAAUUCGAGUCCAAGAUGUCAUAAAUGAACUUGGGCUGAAUCUUUGCGCUGAUACAAAGGUUGGGACAGAGUUCAUUCGGGGUGUCUCUGGGGGAGAGAGGAAACGGACUAAUGUUGGUAUGGAAUUGAUCACCAAGCCAAACGUUCUGUUUCUGGACGAGCCUACAACUGGUCUUGAUGCAAGCACAGCUAACGCCGUCAUGGUGCUACUCUCAAAGUUGACCAAGCGAGGGCGCACCAUCAUCUUCUCCAUCCACCAGCCUCGAUACUCCAUCUACAAGUUGUUUGACAGACUGCAUCUCUUGUCGCUAGGCAACACGGUGUAUCAUGGACCAGCCAAAGAGGCCCUGCAGUACUUCUCUGAUAGCGGUUACGUUUGUGAGGAACACAACAACCCUCCAGAUUUCUUCCUGGACAUUAUUAAUGGAGAUUCUACUGCUGUUACCAUGGCAAUGGAUGAGGAAGAUACUGCAUACACAGGCAUCAAUUGUCGUGAUGAAAAUGAUGGCCCUGAAAAACCCAAGAUCACAGAAGUCUUCAAGACAUCUAAUCAUGAGCGCAAGCUUGGGGAGUCGGCCAGCCAGAUCUACAAACAGUACACAGCCACAGAUCAAGUCAACACCGUUGUUAUUGAGUAUCCAACUUCCUUUGCCACACAGCUCUAUUACGUCUCAAAGAGAACAAUCUUGAAUAUUCUGAGGAACCCGAUGCAGUCUUACAUCCAGUUCCUUUUCAUGAUUAUAUUUGGUCUGGUCGUCGGUGGUCUUUACUUCCAACUUGAUCUAUCCACAGCAGGAAUCCAAAACAGGAUUGGAGCAUUUUUCUUUCUCAUCAUGAACAUGGUGUUUAGUAACCUCAGUGCUGUGGAAUUAUUCAUCAAAGAGAGGGUCAUCUUUAUACAUGAGUCAGCGAGCGGCUUCUACAGAUGUUCCUCUUAUUUCUUUGCCAAAGUCUUCUGCGAUCUACUCCCGAUGAGAAUUAUUCCCACCUUCAUCUUCUGCUCCAUUACUUACUGGAUGAUAGGACUGAAAGCUGAUGUGGCAGCGUUCUUCAUUUACUGUCUGACUCUGAUCUUGACGACAGUCACAGCCUGUGCCUUGUCCUUUGCAAUCAGUUCCAGUGUAUCCAUCAUGGCAGUCGCCACCUUGUUUGUUGCCGUCGCAUAUAUCUUCAUGAUGAUCUUUAGCGGCUUGUUGCUGAACAUAUCAACUUUACCCGUCUGGCUCCAGUGGCUUCAAUACAUCAGUAUAUUCAGAUACAGUCUCAAUUCGUUAUCAGUGAAUGAAUUGAAAGGACUUGUCUUCUGUGGUAAUGCAACCAUCCCAGCAACUUGCGUGUCCGGUGAGGCUUAUUUAGCGAAUCAGGGAAUCGACGACUCGGAAUGGGGAUUAUGGGAGAAUUUGGUCGCUUUGGGUUCCAUUUCCCUCAUCUGUCUCUUCCUGGGUUACGUACAGCUCCGACGCAUCCGUAAACUGAAGUAAGGGCCCAUGCCCUAAGCUACCUACCCCAACCUUCUCCCACUUUAGCUGCAUUCAGCUCCGACGCAUCCGUAAACUGAAGUAAGGGCCCAUGCCCCAAUCUACCUACUCCCAACCUUCUACCUAGCUUGCAUUCAGCUUAGACGCAUCCAUAAACUGAAGUGCCUACCAUCAACAUUCAUCUGUGUAGGACGUAGGAUAAAACUUAUUCAAAUAAUUAUUCUUAAUUCCCAAUGCAAUGACUACAUCUUUUAACAAUACUUAAUACUCAAAGUAAAAAAUAAAACCAGUGAACAAGAAAAAGUAACUGGAAAUUGGCAGUGGAUGUCAAGCUCAUGAGAGGGAAAACUUUAUGAUGUAAAUGUCAAUAUUAUUGAAGAGAACUCUUCGAAAGAAGCUUUGAAGAAUGUUUUCAUCUCAACAAAAUUGUUAUGUACCUUUCAGAUGCUAUUUUGUAAAAGUGUUUUUAUGAGAAUAGGAUUAUGUUUACAAAGUAUAUUUUAGCAAAAAUAGUUACUGUCUCUUUGAAAUUUUAAUAGUUUUAAGCAAUGAUGACUAUUUUACAGUAAUGUUUUAAAAGAAGAAAACUAAUCCAAGCUGAUGUGUAUGACUAUAUUAAAGCUUCUAUCUCUCCCUGAUUCUAGAGAAGUUCCCUGAAAAUAAACCAAUAUUUCCAAGUUCUGACAACCUCCCUGCUAAUGGAAACUUUUUUCCCUAUUUUGUUGAAUGUAAUUUUAAAUGUUUCCUUGAUUGUUUGAUAAAAAUGAUAAAAUAGACAUCUUUUUUAUCUGACAAUUAACACCUGUUAUCUCCAUAUUCUUUCCAAAAAGUUGACUUAAUUGGAUCAUGCACAAACCAGUUGAGCUUCUGACGGCCCAAGGCAGACUAACUGCUGGACCAUUAAGUUAAUGUCCCAAAGUAAUUCAAUGUAAAUACAACCACCGGUGAAAAGGAUGUUUAGUUCCGAGCAGAAAUUUGUAUAUUUCAACAUUUCAUGCCAUUGGCUUUUUAAGUCUGAAUGACAGCACAAUUUUUAUCCUAAGAAUUUAAGUUUAUAAAAAUGUAAUAAAAUUAAAACUUUUAUUAGUCACAUUUGCCAUUAAGAUUAGUCGACAGGCAUUGUAGAGAUAACUGUUCAGCUCAAAAACAAAUAUGGAGUAUAGUCAUAGUUGAAACUGUUUACAUUAUUCUGACUACGAAGUUAAGAUAACACUAUGCAUUCUCCAGAAGACGGUCAGAGCACACUGACCAAAACGCCAAGCAAACCGGCUCUUCUCAGAGCCAGCACUACUCACAAAAGAGAUUUUUACAUGGUGUCACCGCAAACCUUUCUUACUUUUAGACUAUGAAUUUGGUGUGUGGUUCAAAUCCCUGCCAUGAAACUUUGUGUCCUUGAGCAAGACUCGUGCAUCCUGGGUACUUGUUUAUUGCGAGGGCAGAGAUGGUUCUUGUGGUUGAUUUAGAUUGGUGAGUUUGCACAGCACAGUCCUUACACUCCCAAGGGAGCUGAGAUGGUUUUUAGGAAUGAACACUGCACAUAGAAUUAGAUUUUGUUUUCAAUUUAACACAAAGUUUAUAACUUAUUCGAACUUUAUUUAUAGGUUUACAUGAAUGUAAUAAGCAUCUUGUUAUUAUCUUAUUAUGCAAUAAACAUUCCAAUUAACCUCAA